AUGAAGCAGAAGACGCUCGAAUGGGCUGGCCAUCCCGCCAACUGGUGUACAACCUGCAUGGGCGAGUUGCCAGAAACACACGAGGACCUGCCUUUCGGCUUCCUCACCCUCCCUUCCGAACCUGCGAUGAAUGCCGCUGGCCGGACUUCAGACCACCCCUUCAAAGACCUCCGCUCAGCCCGUCGCGUACGCCAACGAUCGAAGAAGUACCCCGAGCGCAUCUACAGCGGUAACAAGCGUCGUCGCAAUGACCGAUACCGUCUCGCACGAGAGAACCAGCUUCGGCACGAGUACAAGCAGGCAGACAUUCGAGAAUGGGAGAACGACUGCUACGACAGAUGGGCGCAUGAAGUAGACAUGGAGCAUAUGGAUGACAUAGAGGCAUACGAACUCUUCGGCAAGAACGCCCAUCUCUUCGAAGGGACAGCCUCCGGAGACAUCACAGCGGGCGAGGACUUUGGCACCUGGGCCCGGCGUCGCAUCGCAGAGAUGCAGCGCGUCAAAGAACACCGUAUACACACCUACGGCGAACCCACGAGCCCCGCGCCGCUGGCCAUCCUCCCACACACCAUGCGCGACACCAGGCGACCCGGUCGUGUCAGCGCCACCAUACCCACCGCGGCGUUUGCCAAACCCCACGAAACAACCCUCCCCACCACCCUCUCCGAGAUCCGCGCCCACGCCACACUAGCCUCCGCAACGAACCCGCUCUACCCGUGA